CAUCUGUUCUCCACAGGGGCCAAGAACCUGUACAUCAUCUCUGUGAAAGGCAUCAAGGGCCGCCUGAACCGGCUGCCAGCGGCCGGAGUGGGAGACAUGGUCAUGGCCACAGUCAAGAAGGGCAAACCAGAGCUGAGGAAGAAGGUGCACCCAGCCGUGGUGAUCCGGCAGCGGAAAUCCUACCGGAGAAAAGACGGAGUGUUCCUCUACUUCGAGGACAAUGCAGGAGUGAUUGUCAACAACAAAGGUGAAAUGAAAGGCUCAGCCAUCACAGGCCCCGUGGCCAAGGAAUGUGCAGAUCUGUGGCCCAGGAUUGCCUCCAACGCUGGGAGCAUUGCCUAAGCCUCUUCCUCCUUGCAUCACAAAAUAAAAAUCCUUGUACC